GGACCAGUGUGAUCCUAACCAAAUGAGAAGCUAAGCUCAUAGGAAGGACACUUGGCAGGAACAGGGCCAUUGGAGGUGCAGGUGACAUGCACGGAUCCCUACAAGACUCAGAGCCUGAGAAGACUUCGCCAGUGGACAGAGCAGCGGCGGCGGGAUGAAGGUUCUCAGCGCUGUCCUCCUGGCCCUGCUGCUGUGCGGACAGCCAGGUGCAGGCAGCAGGGGGACGCAGGAGGAGUACAGCAAUGGGGACUUUGAGCCAGAGAGCUAUGGCUAUGACGAUGAUGAGGAAGAUGAAGAGGAAGAGGAGGAAGCCAACAUGAUCCCUGGCAGCAAGGACAGAGCGGCCCUGAAGUGCUACACCUGCCAGAUGCUGCGCAGUGGUGAGAGCUGCAACCAGACACAGAGCUGCUUCCACCGACAGCCCUUCUGCACCAUGCUCGUCUCCCAUGGGACCACUGACACAGGUCUCCUGACCACCUACUCCAUGUGGUGUACAGAUACCUGCCAACCCAUCAUCAAGACGGUAGAGGGCACCCAGGUGACCCAAACCUGCUGCCAAUCCACCCUAUGCAAUGUCCCACCUUGGCAGAGUUCCCAAGGCCAAGACCCACUGGGUGGCAGUGCAGGCCACCCCAAGGGUGGCAGAGCUGGCUGGCCCCAGGGUGGUAAGGCUGGCCAUCCUUGGGGCAGUGGGGCAGGAUGUCUCCAAGAGUGUCCUGAAAAUGUGAGCACAGCUCUCUUGUUUAGCCUAUUUACCACCCUCUGGGGCUCAGGGGCCUGAAGACUCUGCUCUUCCUUCCCUUGGAUACCCUGGCCCAGCCAGCAGUCUGUUCAAUGCCUCCCCUCCCCUGGUUCUAGUUUCAGAGAGUAAACUUGGAGGUGCUGUGCGUUCUAGCCAACUUUGACCCCUCGGGCCAGUUUCUGUCCUCAGUUUCCCUGUCAGACUUUCUUGAUAUCCUUUCUUCCUUGUCCAUGGACAGCAACAUGGCCUAUGGGCCCCAGGUUCAGGCCACUGGUGCUUGCAUGGCAGGGUCAUUCAGCCUCCAGGGAUCCCACUUUCUCAGCCAUGGAAGAGACAGUAGUGGGCCUCCAGGACCCCUCUCACCCUGAACUUGAUGGCUUGAAAUUCCUCCCCAAAGACGCCAUUGUGUCAAGUUGGUUUGUUCCCAGGUAUGGGCACAGGUUGGCCUCCACCAGCCUAUGGGGAGGAGGUUUGGAGGGAAGCCAGGGAAGUUUCAGGGAUGGGGUGGAGUGAAGGAAGUGAAGUAAGUGAAGGAGUGUAAUAGGUAGAAAAGGGAAGUUGGGGGGAUUUCCCAAGGGAAGUUGGAGGGAUUUCCCAGGCUCAUCCUGAUUCAGGGUUCCAUACUUUCUAGACUCUCCAGUCCCUCCCUCCUGGCUAUCCUGGGCCUCAGACAGGAGGCCAGGAGUUGUACCAGGUGGUUGUGCUAGGGAGCAGUUAAAAGGGCCCAUGAAAUCUAGAGGUGAGAACUAGGGGGCACAGCCAGCCCUGGAUGGGCAGGUGGGCAUCUCUUGCUGUAUGAGACCCUUGCCACUGAACAUUUAGCCUCCAUGACAACACCAAGCUUUGAUUUUACCAGCAGCUGGUGCUGGGUCAGAGCUCUGGGAUGGGAGGAAAGAAAGACCAAGCCUAGACUACCACUUAACUGCUGAUUUGGGGACUCAGUUUCCCUAUUUGAGCAAGGCUUGAAGGCCCCCUAGGUCCCCACUAACUCAGUGUUGCACAAGUUGGGAAGCUGAGUCUUUUCCUGAAAGCUAAGUUUUCUGGAAUGCAGUAAAAGACUCCCACUGUCCAGUCUCUCCUUUUCCUUAUUAAUAAAACCUCAGUGCCUAACUGGGACAGGAACAAAGCUGUUGGGUGAAGGUGGCACCUCUUUCUCCUUUCCCUUCCUUCUUCCUGCUGGCUGAAAUAGUGGCUGGUACUCAGCAGAUACCUAUACUGUGAGACAGCACCCCUGCCGAAAAGACAUAAACUUCUAUGUUGAAAACAA